AUGACAGUGGAUUAUCACAAACUUAGCCAGGUGGUGACUCCAAUUGCAGCUACCCCUGCAAAUAUGGUGGCAUUACUUGAGCAAAUUAAUACAUCUCAUGAUACCUGGGAGCUAGUGUCAGAGGCGGGCGCGGCAGAUCCCCGGGCGGGAUCCCUGGGCAGCGGACGCUGUCUCCAGCUUCGUGACUUGACCCUCCGGCGUCUGCCCCGGGCAGCGGGAAUUGGCAACGGGAUGUGCAGAGGCAGCGGCGGCGGCGGGGAGUGCGACGAGGACGGGAACGCGCUGGCGAAGCGGGCGGCGGCGGGGACCGAACUGGAGUCCGACGGGAGCCCGCGGAGGCACGGGCGGCAGCCGCAGGAGGAGCACGAGCAGGAUGUUAAAGAAUCACAAAACCACACUGGCGAGCCUGUCGGAGAUGACUACAAAAAGAUGGGAACACUUUUUGGUGAACUGAACAAAAGUCUUAUCAGCAUGGGCUUCACAAGGUUGUAUUUUGGAGAACGAAUUGUGGAACCAGUAAUAGUCAUUUUCUUUUGGGUCAUGCUGUGGUUUCUUGGCCUACAGGCCCUUGGACUAGUUGCUGUUCUUUGCCUUGUCAUUAUUUAUGUGCAACAGUAA